AUGGGGGGGGGGGGGGGAUCAGUGCAGGAAGCGGAAAAUAUUCUAGGACGAAGACUUCGCGCGGAACAAAGACGAGUUGUCGACUUCAUUUUGGCAAAUCCUGGUCGUAAUGCUUUGCUUCUUGCGCCUACUGGUUGGGGGAAAACUCUCACUUUCACGAUCCCGGCGCUAUGCAAAAGAUCCGUUGUCCUUCUAAUUUCACCGCUGAUUUCAUUGUUGGAAGAACAAGUCAAAGUUUUUUCCGAGGGGAACUUUUUUGUGAUUAACAUGCGGGAGCGGCAACAAGAUAUCCCUUCAAUAGAGACGACGCUCCUUAUGAUUUCUCGAGGGCCUUCUCCAGUUCUUCUUAUAGGUACCCCGGAGAAAUUUUAUUUUAACGCUCACGUUGCUAAUUAUGUAAGCCAAGUGUUAGCAUCUAGUGACGAUACGCUCGUUGUAUUCGAUGAAAUACACACGGCAGUGACGUGGGGUUUAGAUUUUAGGAAGUCCUAUCUUAGGUUUACAGAGCUCCUUUGCAAUGUCAAAAAUCUAACUUAUUUAUUUUGUACGGCUACUCUACCACCCCACCUGUUGAAGCCAAUUGAAAGCAUGAUGGGCGUAUCCGUUGACAGGAUCUUCGAUUUCACGGCAUUAAGAACGACUGUAUCCAUUUCUGCCUAUCACACCGCGGCUGACCCUAGUACCCUCACCCCUACAGGAAUUACGUGCAUAAAGCAUAUGCCCGGCAGUCUCGCUCGAUUCUUAAUUCGCAACUUUCUUCGAAAAGAAUUGAGCGGCAGGGUAGGGAUUAUAUUCGUCAACAAUAGAGCAGGCGUCGAACGUUUGAGCAACGAAUUACAGCGCAGAGGGAUUUCUUGUACUCAUUAUCACGCCCACUUAUCGCCAGACGAGAAGGCAGCGAGGGUCCUUUCCUGGAACAGGGGUCUCGUUCCUUUAAUAAUAAGUACAUCGGCGCUUAGUCUCGGGAUCAAUAACGAAAGCCUUUCUUUCGUGAUUCACAUCGGGUAUAGUAGCGCCGCGUCUUUUGUUGAAUACGUUCAAGAAAUAGGGAGGUGCGGUAGAAAUCCCCGAAUGCGGGGGGGGGAUGGUAUUUUAUUAACAAGUGGGACUCACGAUUACUUCGGUCUCGCUUGCGUGGUCCAAGAACCCUCUUCCCCGCCGUGCCACCAUCAACUUUACGCACACCGACACGAAUUGCAGACAUACGCCAGUCUUCGACAUUAG